CGACUUCAACCAAAAAGGCAAUAGUUGGCAUUGUUCCUUCGACGAGAGCAGAAUGAACAGAUACGCCUCUUUUGUCUUUGCGACAAUGACGAAUGUCGUACUUUAUCUGACAAGCGACAUGGGACUGAAAAAAGGGUGUUUUUUUGGUGUCGGAAGUCCAUGUUUUAACACAAGUUACAUAGCUCAGAUGUCUGAAAGGCUCAUCAGCAGUUUUAAAUCGCAGGAGUUUGGCGUCAUUUGCGUACGCGGUAUACUGAUUCAGUGGGAAAGUAAUUUAGAGCGUGAGAAUCUCCAAUGUACUUAAACUGCAUAUUUUUUAUUUAAUAUCUUUUUUCAUUGAAUCACAAGGGUUCACGAUAAGGUUAUUGUUCGCACUCGUGUGGCAUUGUAUCAAUGUAUCCAACAUGUGACAAGAUAAUAGACUGUAUCAUUAUGACCAAUACACCUAUCCAAAGUUGUUGUCAGGGCUGAUGAUCAUAGUUCAUCAACGUCUAUAGACGUCACACGGUGUAGGGCAGUGGAAUAUCUAAUAUCAAUAUUGCAUGACAAAGAUGAUUGAUAAACCAACACAUUAUUUAACAUAUAAAAGAUAAGGAUAGAGUAGAACGUUCACAGAAAAGACGAUAUUUCUUGGAGUCCCUCGGUCUAGGGGAUGCGUUAAAUUCGAUAUUUUAUGACAACAGGAUGUUGAAUUGGACUUAAUCAAGAGUGAUAAUAUGGAUGGAAUCCCACCAGGUGCUCCAGAGAUCCCCGUACUGGUUGGUGGGUGUGAAAAAUGGGUGACAGGACUCACCAAGAGAACCACGUGCGAUGAUGUGAUCUACGCUCUCUUACAGACUGAAAGGAAUACUAACUCCUCCAUUGACACCCAAUCUUAUGUGGUCUUCGAACGAUGGAGAGACAUGGAAAGGCCCCUUCAGGGUCGGACCAAAAUAUUGAAGGUUUGGAGAGCGUGGGGCAAUGAGCAAGAGAAUGUGACGUUUACUAUGAGGAAAAUCAACUGUGUUAAAGAUUCGAGGGAAGUCAUAAAAUCUCGAAGGCAUCGUAAACCGGCCCGUGACAGAUCGGAAAAAUACGAUCGCAGGGACAGCUCUAGUUCUAGAGAGCGAAAUAGUGGUAGUCGGUCCACGUCCAAGGAGAAGGGACAGAGAGUCGACAGACACAAAAACGCAGCUAUAACGACUGCAUCUCCCUCUCGACUACAGACUCUAGAACAAUUGGUACAGAAAGUUAUAUCCCAGGAAAAAGUGAUACAGGAUCAAAUGGCUCGGCUCCGUGACACAGACAAAGAAAUCGAGGAACACGAAACCCUUCAGCACAUCCACCGGGUGCAAGAGAACGGAGAAAACUACGUGCAGGAUGCGUACCUCAAAAACAUAGCCGAGGACAGCUUGGAGGAGGUGUUCCAGGGAGUCACUCCAGAAAACAUGGAGACUUACGUGAAACUCCUGGAACAAUUAGUACAGUUGGACGACAUGAUUAACCAGGAGCAGACGAGAAUUGAGAACCUCUCGUAUCAAAUAUUGGAUGAAAGUACCACGGAGGCUCCAUCUUCAGAGAGCGACGAAAGCCGGUGGGUCCAUGACAGGAUGAGGCAGGGGAAGGGACAGUCGACUUCCGAGGUCCUACAGGAGGCCAACAUCCUCCGUACUGCCUUGAAGAGAAGUAUUUCUCUGAACUCGUCGCAGAGAACGGAAAUUGAACGGGUGAAUACUACGGUAAAUGACGUUGAAAUGCAAUUAAGGCUUAAACGAGAAUACCUCACAAGUUUAAUGGAAGAAAUAGAGGCGGAGGAAAACCUCGCUGGGGAAAAUUUUGACGAGGCGUUUGUAUCUCAGGACUAUCCACCAAACGGUGGUGUUUACGCUGGCGAGGUCGGUGACGAAUUUGACAUCUCCGGCGGCGAGGAAGUCAUUAGUGAUAAUUACUAUUCAACGACACACAUCCCAUAUGUCACUGUUCAUACUUGGGAAAACGUGUCAAAAUACAAAAACGAAGACAAUGACUCAAAUUCAGACACGGGACUGAGUUCUCUCCACAGCGAUGAGGCUACUCCGACGCCUAUCCUAGAAACCCUGGUCUGACUCAGUGAUUUGGUCAAUCAAAAUAUCUUAAACAUCUGGACAAACAUCGUGAAACGUUUAAGACCACCGGGACGCAUUGCCGUGAAUUACAAAUACUAUCAUGUUUAAUGGAUCAAAAUAACAUGAUCUAUGUGUUUUCCAAAUUGAAGUAUCCUAGCAGUCGUCUGUCAAAAUAGACCCUCGGUGUUAAACUGAGUUUAUAUCAACAUGCUCGGUUUCCUCAGAGCAGAUGCUAAAUCUUAGGCACUGGACAGUGUAUAAACUUUGCAACCGAACUAUGCAGUCAAUAUUGCAGGGACAUUUCCAUCUCCAUAUGUAAAGAGUCGAAAAUUUCUUGCUAAAUUUAACUUCAGCAGUUUGAAAACAUGACAACAAAGCGACAGUAUCACAAUGCGAUUUAUACAGCUGAUUUGUAAAGUAUGGUAAAUAUUCGUAUGAAUACAGUCUUUAUUUAUGUAA